UGUGAAGGGGUUGAAAAAUUUGUGGAACACAUUUAAAAUGCAGAUCAUCUUAUGUUGUACAAUCCUCUUUAGUUUGAUAUUAAAUAUGUUGUGUACAGGUCAAGAAAACGAAGACUGGAACAUCACCUUUGACCCACCAGAAGUUACUGCAGUUUCAGGAGUAUGUGCUCUCAUUUCAUGCACCUUCACUUACCCAAAUACAGCAGAACCUAUUAAUUAUGUUAAGUGGUUUGCGUGUAAAAACGGUCAAUGUAAGGAUGAAAUCUUCAAGGCAAAAGCGAGUACAAAUACUGAAAACAAAUUGGGAGAGAAUGAGAGUAAAAAAGGACAGAUUGAGAUGCUUGAACCUGAUCUGACCAAAAACAACUGCAGCAUCAUCAUGAAAGACAUAAAGGCAGAAGAUCAAAUGGAAUAUUCAUUCAGAGUGGAGGGGUCACAUUCACAGAGAAACACAUAUAAACCCACACUCAAAAUCAUCAUUCAAGACAAGCCUAAAAUGAACAUUCCUCUUCUCAGUGAAGGAGAGGAGGCCAAUCUGACAUGUUCAGCUCCUUUUCCUUGUCCUGAAGCUCCUCCUGAAAUAACAUGGUGGAUCAGGACAAGAGGGGGACACAUCACUGAUCUAAAGGACAACAUCACUCUGACCACCUCCAAAAGCCUUUACCUCUCGACUUUGACCUUAACUCUGACCUCUGACCUGCACAAUGCCACUGCACGUGACGUGAGCUACGGAAGCAAAAACAUCAGUACAAGAAGGACCCUUGAAGUCAUGUAUGUAAAGACUCUUGAAAUUCUGGGUAAUGGCAAAGUGCAGGAAGGUGACACUCUCAGCCUGAGCUGCACUGUUGAGAGUCACCCACCGUCAUCUGACCCUGUAUGGAGUUUCAGCGGAACCACAGAUACAUUCAUGAACCAAACGUCUGCUGAAUCUUUAACGAUAACCAAUGUGACACAGGAGCAUGCUGGGGUUUACAUCUGUAUGAGGACAUAUAGGAACAAGACACUGAAUACAUACUUCACUAUCAAUGUAAAGACUCUUGAAAUUCUGGGUAAUGGCAAAGUGCAGGAAGGUGACACUCUCAGCCUGAGCUGCACUGUUGAGAGUCACCCACCGUCAUCUGACCCUGUAUGGAGUUUCAGCGGAACCACAGAUACAUUCAUGAACCAAACGUCUGCUGAAUCUUUAACGAUAACCAAUGUGACACAGGAGCAUGCUGGGGUUUACAUCUGUAUGAGGACAUAUAGGAACAAGACACUGAAUACAUACUUCACUAUCAGUGUCAUUCGUGAUACAAAUGAAUCGAAAGUGAACGAGUCCGUCGGUUCUGGAAGUGAAAACAUGCCACAGAAUGACACCAGAAAUAUUACAGGUGUAAAAGAAUUCUUUAAGAAUUUGGACAUCUCAAAGAUACUCACAUUCGUGGCGGGAAUGGCAUGUUCAGCGUUCAUCUUCUCAGUGGUUUUGUGUUGUUGGGUGUCUUGCCUCAGAGGCAAAAAACACAAAGUGCCAACUGCAAAUCCGGACACCGAAGUCAAUUUGGAGAUGGUGCAGACAGAUGUAGCUCAGACUGGAAGCAAUGAGGAAACACCUCUUCAUGUACAGCUUAAUGGUGGGAACCCACACAUGGCUGGACUGACAGACAGGGCAGAGGAGGAGGGGGCAGUCGGGAUGGAUGCAAAAGAGGUCGAUUAUGCCAGCAUCGACUACUCCCUUUUAAAGGACAGAAUGCCUGAGGAGGGAGAGAAAGAACCUACAGACACAGACUACGCUGAGAUCAAGAGGGACAAGAGAGGAGAUGGGAAGGAAAGGGAAGUCCUUCAGGAUGGAGAUGAUCAGAUUGAAACACAAGACCAGAUGGAGGGAGAGGAGGAAAUUUAUUCUAACUCACUGGAGUUGAAAAGUUAAGGAACUACACCCAACAAUAUUACAAUUUGUAAGAUCAUUUUUAAAGCCUAUGUUAAGUUCAGAUGCUUAAGAAGUGUAGAAUAUAUUAUUUUUGAGCUUUUAUGUGUCUAGCAUUAAUAGUUGAAAUUUCAUUAGAUUAUUCUCGAACAUGUGUUUAUUUUUUUUAAACUGUUUGAAAACAUUAUUUUUUUUGUUUGUAUUAAGGUCCUUGCACACCGAGUCCGAAAUUUUCAUAUGCGUUUUGUCAUUUUAUUUUAUUUUUUCGUAGGCUAUUCGUCAUCCUUUCCUAUCAAAACGCUUGCUAUGGAUGCCAAAACACAGAAAAUUUAACCUGAUCUGAUUUUUUUUAGUUUUUUUAUGACGGAUGAAAUUUUCGGAGGCAAUGUGUAAACGUAAUUGACACGUGAGGUCGUAUUUAUUUUUUUACGUGUGAAAAUUUCAGACUCGGUGUGCAAUGACCUUUUUAUUGUAUUUAAGGAAGUUUCCAAACUUUCUGAAACUGUUGCAAAUUAAUUUGAGUAAAUUAAAUAAAGUUUCUGAUAGUUACCUUCAGCUUCAUUGCUUUUAUUGGUACAAAAGUGUCAAAUUCAUAAAUAAUUCAGCAUUUAAUUUGUUUAUUGUUAUUUGUCAGCAUACAGUAUAGGGCUUUGGUGAUUUGGCAAUCAAGGAUAGUUUCUGAUUCUUCUUUCAAAUGACACUUGACCUAAAGUGACAUCUGCAGUUUUUGCAACUGACAUCUUGCAAAGCAAUGCUGUGUUGCAAUAAUUUCACAGAGUCACACAUAGGUCAUAACGCUUCAUCUACAAAACAAAUAUAACUAACUGUGAAGACGCAAGCAACACGAACAGCAUGAAUAAAGUCAGCAAGACCUGAAACAGUAAAUGUUUAAUUCACAUAUGCUGCGAUGCAUGUUGGCAACCCGCAAACUUUUAACAUAUUGACAGCAUUGUACUAUAUGACAUUGUAUGUUCAGACUUACUCCAUUUAAGGGAAUACUGUUGGUCUAACACUGAAAAGUAAUUCAAAUACUUGAGAUCUGUCUAAAAGGUGAUUCCUCAAGAACUGUAAAUCCCGUGCUCGUUGCUCCUCUGGGAUGACGUGUGUAUGAGCAGGAUUAGGUCUUGGAUAACAGGAUUAGAAUGUUCCACACACUACAGGGAAUUUUUAAAUAGCCUGUGAGAGUGUCAGUGUCUCAGUUGUCUUGUGUGGUUUGAUAUUUUCAACCAUUUUUCUGUGGUCCACCACACUUGCUGUCAUCCUGAAUGAUCUGAAAGAAGGUACGUGGUAGGAUGGAUGUAGUGAAAACCACAUCAAAGUUCUUAUUUUAUCUUCUCGUUGUUACGUUACUCCUACUUACAGUAACAAAUUAAGGUUCGUUGUUACUAUUUAUGGAAAGAAAUGUGUAAGUAACUUAUUCUCACCUUCAGUUUGCUAGUAGUAUUGUGCUUGACAUGCUGGUUUUGAAAUUCAAAAUAUAUUUCUUGCUCUAAACAUGUAUUUGACUGCCCAGUAUAUAACGUUUAAAUGCAACUAUCAUGACCCUGGAUAAAUACUGCUCUACUUGUAUAGUUAGAUUUUAUAUGUAUGUCUGUCUGUUGUAAAAUGUGAAAAUACAUGAAAUAAAAUAGUAAAAUAUUUUAUAAUAUAUAUAAUUCAUAUUUAAUUAUUUGCA